UAUGUAAUAAUUUUGUAGACAAUCAAUACAAAUAAGGACGAUGAUCACUAAAAUUCAAUCAUUGUUUGACAUAUUUGGUAUUUCUACGUAGCAAACAGAUAAUGCCGCCGCCGCCGCCGCUAUCUCAGUCGCCACUUUUUUAUUUACGCUCCGGCGAUCCCUUCCUCCGACUACCAACCACUUUUGUCCAAGUGGGCUUUGCUUCGGCAUCUAGAUCGACCCAAUACAUCAUAUGGGCCUCAAUCCGAAGCCCAAUUUUCGCACGUCGCUCCGUCCCCAACUCCCAACUCUUCCAACCCAUUGCUACUGCGGAUGUGCGAAGCUUUUUCAAUGCUUAAACUCUGCAAACUCCCUUUUUUUCCCGUUAAGAUUUCCCCCAAGAAUCCUCCGAAAACUGCCGAAUUGCCAGCAGAAAUUCCUAGCUCCUCCCUCGAUUCGCCACCCAAUUGCCGCCACACUGCAUAGCAAGUCGACUCCGAGCUUAGAAUCGCGAUCAUGGCACUCAAUCUCCGCCAGAAGCAAACAGGUAAGGGUUUUCAUUACUUCCUCCGCUGCCCAGAUCUCCUUUCUAGCCAUUGUUACUCGAGAACAGUUAGUGAAUCCGAAAUCAGCUCGAAAGCCCCGCUCUUUGUUAUGUUCGAAUUCUGGAUGUUAAGGUUUAGCUGAAAUCAAUCCGGUCAAUUUGCUGAGAAAAUCGCUGAAAAUUUUCCUCUGUUGAAUCUGGGAUUUCGUUUGUGUGCUGUACAGAAUGCAUAAUCAGGAUGUUGAAUCUGAACCAACCCGUGAAUUCUACGGGCACGGCCAAUGAAGAAGUGUACAAGAUCUUGAUCUACGACAAGUUCUGCCAAAACAUCCUCUCCCCAUUGAUCCACGUCAAGGAUCUGCGCAAGCACGGCGUGACCCUCUACUUCCUCAUUGAUAAAGAUCGAAAGCCGGUUCACGAUGUACCCGCUGUGUACUUCGUCCAGCCGAGCCAACCCAACAUCCACCGCAUCAUCACCGACGCCUCUCGUGGCCUCUACGACAGCCUGCACUUGAACUUCUCGUCCUCCAUCCCCAGACCCCUCCUGGAGGAUCUCGCCUCGGGAACCCUAGGAUCGGAUUCGAUAAACAGGAUUGCAAAGGUUCAUGAUCAGUACUUGGAGUUUGUGACAUUGGAGGAUAGCUUGUUCUCUUUAGCACAGAAGUCUACUUAUGUCCAGUUGAAUGAUCCUUCGGCUGGGGAUAAGGAGAUUGAGGAGAUCGUGGAGAAGAUCGUGAGUGGCUUGUUCUGUGUGCUGGCCACCCUGGCUGUUGUCCCGGUGAUUAGAUGCCCACGUGGAGGGCCAGCUGAGAUGGUAGCCUCAGCGUUGGAUCAGAAGCUGAGGGAUCACUUGCUGGCUAAGAAUAACUUGUUCUCUGAGGGUGGCAACUUCAUGAGCUCGUUUCAAAGGCCCAUUCUUUGCUUGUUCGAUAGGAAUUUCGAGCUGGCGGUUGGGAUUCAACACGAUUUCAGGUACUGUCCACUUGUUCAUGAUGUGCUGGGGCUGAAGCUCAACAGGCUGACUGUGCAAGGAGAGAAGGGCGGGAUGAGAUCGUAUGAAUUGGACAGUUCAGAUCCAUUCUGGCUUACAAAUGGAUCUCUCGCGUUCCCUGAUGUCGCGGGGGAAAUUGAGACCCAGCUGAACAAGUACAAGAAAGAUGUCGAUGAGGUGAAUCGAAGGACAGGUGGUGCUGAUGGACAGCCGGAGUUUGAAGGAACCGACUUGAUUGGUAACACAAAGCAUCUGAUGAAUGCAGUCAAUUCACUGCCCGAGCUGACUGAACGAAAGCAGGUGAUUGAUAAGCACACCAACAUUGCAACAGUUUUGCUAGGUGAGAUCAAGGAGAGGUCUUUGGACUCCUAUGCUAACAAGGAGAAUGACAUGAUGAUCAAAGGAGGGAUUGAUAGAAGUGAGCUAACGUCGGUUCUCAAAGGGAAAGGAAGCAAGAUGGACAAACUGAGGUUUGCAAUCAUCUACCUCAUAUCUUCAGAGACCAUCAACCCACAAGAGGCGGAGCUAGUCGAAUCAGCUCUCAAGGAGUCAGAAGUCGACACCUGUGCAUUCCAGUAUGUGAAAAAGAUCAAGUCUUUGAACGUCCAGCUUGCAUCAGCAAAUUCCGCAAGCAGAAGUAACAUUGUGGAUUGGGCAGAGAAGCUGUACGGUCAGUCAUUGAGCGCUGUCACUGCUGGCGUGAAGAACUUGCUGUCGGGCGGCAGACAACUGGCUUUGACUAGGACAGUGGAGGCCUUGAUGGAAGGUAAACCGAAUCCUGAGAUUGAUAACUAUCUCGUGCUUGAUCCGAGGGCCCCCAAGUCGAGCUCCGGGGCAGGGGGAUUGAAAGGCCCGUUCAAGGAAGCGAUUGUGUUCAUGGUUGGUGGAGGGAAUUAUGUCGAGUAUGAAGGUUUGCAGGAGCUUGCUCAAAGGCAGCAGCCCGUGAAGCAUAUUGUAUAUGGGACGACGGAGAUUCUGACCGGUGCAGAGUUUGUGGAUCAGUUGACUCUGUUGGGGCAAAAGAUGGGAUUGGGGGUUAGUAGUGCUAACCCACCUGCGCCUGCUCAGUAGAAUCCCACAUGUUCUUUGUAUAUGCAUAUGCAUUUGGAAGAUGAAGUAGCCAAUUAUCUUGCGUGGAAAAGUCGAAAGGCUGCUGCUCAGCAGAGCCGUUAUUACUCUCUGAUAUGACAUAGUUCCCCCCUGUAUGUCGAUGUUUUUUGUUCAUUUAAAUCAGAUGAGAUUAGCUUGAGUUGGUUUUUGGGAUUUGCACACAAUCUACAGACGGUGGACCAUAUUUUUGUAGGUAAUCUCUGUUAAUGGGAAAUUUUGGGGCAGUCUUCAUUGGAAACUGGUUCCCCUCUUCUUUUUUCUCCUACUACAUAUUGUUGAGUGUUGACACUGUUAUGGUAAAAAAACAUAAAGGUCAAAUUUAAGU